UGUCUGACGUCACGAUUCUUCCCAGCAUUCCCGAGCAUUCACUGCCUUAGCAACCGCGGAGUGAGAGCGAGGCGCGGCCGGGUGAGAGGUCAGCGGAGAGACACCGAGCCAGGCAGCGGGCGGCGGCUCGGAGUCACCGGGAAGGGCUGAGAUUUAGAAGAAGAUCACAAAGGCUUUAAACGGAUACGAGCGGCUGUAACCCCUUCUAGACUUCACCAAAGAUGUCCACCAAAACUACCAGCACGAAUAACAUAGCACAAGCAAGGAGAACCGUCCAGCAACUCAGAGUGGAGGCGUCUAUAGAGAGAAUAAAGAUUUCCAAAGCAUCGGCUGAUCUCAUGCGUUACUGUGACGAGCAUGCCAAGAACGACCCCUUGCUUAUGGGCAUUCCAACAUCAGAAAACCCCUUCAAGGAUAAAAAGCCUUGCAUUAUAUUGUAGUGUCCUCAUCGCUAGCGAACAUCUCUUACUCUCUUUUCACUUACAACAACCAAGCAGAUCCUUGCUGAAAUUAGACUGAGGAUUCUGUUAUCCACUAAAGAAAAUGAAAAAAAGGAAAAAAAAAUAAUAUUAAUAAUAAUAAUGUACUUUAAUCUAUACCAAUGAUUUUUUUCUAUGUUUUUUUUUAGAUUUCGUAUUCAUGGGAACAGUCUUUCUAAAAACCAAAUUGUUAUUACUUACUGGGGACUUGUUAGGGGUGGUCAAAUAUUUUGGUCGGGUUGUAUUUUAUUAUGUUUUUUUCUUUAUUUUUAUGUGCAGUGUCUACUCGUCUUAGUCGAAGUAUUGCUAGAACUCUAACCAAGACCAAAGUUGCCUCCGCUUUCUGCGCAAAUUAGCAUUGCAGGUCGUGAUUGGUGUAGCGCAACUAAAGGGUCCAUUGCCAUGUAGAAUUCAUAGGUCUGAAUUUGCCAUUCCAGGGCCUUGUCCGAUGUCCUAAUUGUAUGUUCUAAAUUCAGGAUAACGAGUUUGUUUUUGUGAAGGAAGAGUGCGCUCGUCUUGUAGGCGCCGGGCAGCCAUUUUGUGAGCUGAACCAGACUUUUAUGAAGAUAAAGCCAACCCUGGUCACUUGAAUCUUAGUGUUAUUGCUUGCUGUGUGUAGGGGAAGACUUAGGCAGAGGGGAACGAAGGAGAUACAUGAGGCACGGCUGUCUCUGAGGCAUAUCACAGUUUUGUUCUCUAAUUCCAGCGGCUUCAUCUGGCACUUGAGGGAAACUUCUAGAGAACAUUGAGGG